AGCACCUCCUGACGUCACUCGGAGGCGCCCUCACGGCGCACGGCGCGCGACUCCCGGAGGCUUCUGGGUAGCGGAUUAACCCCGCCCCUCGCGCCGGCGCUUUCCUUUUCCUUCCUGACGCCGCUGAGGUCGCACGCGCGAGGCCUCUCCGCAGCUGCUGAGAUGCGUUACGUUGCCUCGUACCUGCUGGCAGCCCUCGGGGGCAAUGCCUCCCCCAGCGCCAAGGACAUCAAGAAGAUUCUAGACAGCGUGGGCAUCGAGGCGGACGACGACCGGCUCAACAAGGUUAUCAGUGAGCUGAGCGGAAAAAAUAUCGAAGACGUCAUCGCCCAGGGGAUUGGCAAGCUGGCCCGUGUCCCUGCCGGUGGGGCUGUAGCCGUCACUGCGGCCCCAGGAUCUGCGGCUCCUGCUGCUGGUUCUGCCCCGGCUGCAGCAGAGGAGAAGAAGGACGAGAAGAAGGAGGAGUCGGAGGAGUCGGAUGAUGACAUGGGAUUUGGCCUGUUUGAUUAGUGUCCUGCUCCCGUGAAUAAAGCCCUUUUUACAGA